GAACUCGUCAGUUGUUGAAAGCACCUAUAAGUUUGCGGUUUGACAACAUGGCUUUCUAUAUUAAUCUUCAGAAGAAAAUAUGCUAAACGAACAACUGCCUUUUCUUUUCUAGAAGUAUUUGAUAAAUUGAAAUAUUCCAUUGUGCUGAAAUAAAUUACUAACCACGUCGUGGAAAAUAGCAAAGAUAUAUUGUUCAGCAUCAUACAGCAUGCCUUCUUGGUUUAGUUGGUGGAACUGGAUGAAAGACAUCAUGAUAUUUUUAGGUCUGGCAAGAAAGACAAUAAAAAUAGUUUUUCUUGGUUUGGAUAACGCAGGCAAGACGACAUUAUUUCGAAUGUUGAAAGACAACAUGAUGAUACAGCACACACCAACUCUUCAUCCAGACAGAGAUGAGUUUUGCCUGGGUGGGCUAACAUUUUUAGCAGUUGAUGUUGGUGGUCACGAGCAAGCUCGUCGACUUUGGCGCGAUUACUACUGGGACAUUGAUGGUAUAGUCUUCAUCAUUGAUGCUUCGGAUAAGGAAAGAUUCCGCGAGGCAAAAAAGGAAUUAGACGGAUUGUUACGAGAACAGAUGACAGACAAAUGUCCAGUACUUAUUCUUGGCAACAAAAUCGACAUUCCGACAGCGGCCAGCGAACAACAAAUAAAGGAAUACUUUAAUUUAAAUGCACUAGUAACAGGAAAAAACAAUGAAGAUUUAAACGAUAAAAACAAAACCAGAUCAAUCGACGUAUUCAUGUGCAGUAUAUUAAAGAAACAGGGAUAUGGUGCAGGAUUACGUUGGUUGGCUGAACAUUUAUAACCAUGCCAUUAUUGAGAAGACAGUGUUUGAUUAAGCCAAUUCAAGAGAUCAGUUACAAGGAUCGCGAAGAGGACUGGGCCUCCCCAUCAUUUGGAAAACUAUCGCAGUUAUUUCAACAAUAUAAUAAACUACCAGAUUCUGUACAUUCGUAAUAAACCUUAAAAAUCGA